AAAAAACUCAGGGGGAGGCCAAGGAAAUAGUGCAGAGAUCCCCAUUAACCAACGAUGGCUUUGGUGCGGCCUGGAAAAAUCUUUGUGACAGUUGAGAGUGAAUGCGGUAGCUCCAUCAAGAAACUGCAACGCGACAUAAAUAAUUGCAUCUCGUCGCUUCAGUGUCAUCAGAUUGAUGUUUCAAAUUGGGAUGCAAUAUUCACAUAUUUGUGUUCGACAAAACUGCCAGAAACGACACUGGCACUAUGGGAGCAAACCAUAGAAAAUAAAACUGAGAUUUCCAAAUGGGUAGAUAUGGAUAAAUUCCUAUCCAAUCGGUUUCAAACACUGGAAACCGUGACAGGUCUUAAGGGAGAUAUCGUUUCGAAACCUAAACCACCAAGCUCUCGGAAUUCUGCAGAGACGCCUGCAAAAAAGCUUGGCGCCUUUCAAGCCAGUGUAGCAAAGGCAACAUGUAAAAUGUGCAACAGCAAUGUACACAAGCUAUCAAAGUGCGACAGAUUUUUGCGUCUAAAGCCGACGGAGCGAGUAGAUUACGUGAAGAGCAUUCGCAGUUGCUUGAAUUGUUUAUCUGCUGGGCACACAGUCUCAAGAUGUACCAGCUCAUUUAACUGCAGCACUUGUCAUUCGAGACAUCACAAGUUGCUCCAUAUGCCAAUUCAGCCAAAAGCGACAACUGAUCCAUCGGGUAGCGUGGAAUCUACUCCAAACCAGGCUCAAUCAAGACGCGAAUCUGAAAAAGGAAGCAUAAAAUCGGUUAAAAAUGUAAAUUCUUGUUACGCAAAUACAAGUAAAGGAGUUUUGUUAGGAACAGCACGCGUAAACAUACACUAUAAUGGUAUACAUUUUUCGGCUAGAGCGCUUAUAGAUUCUGGUUCUGAGUGCUCGUUCAUUACUGAGACUCAAACGGAGAAUCAACCUGCCAUCAAAACGCUUGCAUGCCCAAGUUUCGGGCAUCAAUAACUCUAUAUCUGCGCAGGUAAAAGAAGCGUGUGCUA